CAAAUUAGCACAUUGCGGCGGUGUUGUCAAUUGAACGGCUAGUUGGCGGUCGUAGUAGCCUUCGAUCGGUAGCUGCUAGUACAUGUGGCUCCUUUGUGCGGUGCUGGUGCUGCAAAUGGAGGAGAAAUCAAGCAGGUGGUUGCUUUCAAAGUGCACUAAUCGGAGGAGGCUGUGCGUACAAUAACCAGAUUGCUAUGGUUUGACGAUCGUUUGACAUUUGACAGCAACGUCGGAGCGUGGUUGUCGUUCGAAGUGGAAAGUGGUUUUAUCAGCAAGACAACUUAACACUGAUUAGUAAUGUGUUGUGUUUGAUUUUACACGAUUAAUAUAUGGCAGGUGUUCUUUUACUUCCUCCAUAUUUCUGUUCGAAAUUCGAACGCGAUAUUCAUCGGCGUACAGAUGUUUGUGAUUGUCAAAAAUUGUAAUCUAUAUCCAUAAGGUUUAUUCCUCCCACCUGUGUCCCCUCUGCGGAAUGUGCGAGUGUCUUUAAUCCAGUGUGUGCGAGCAUGUGUGGCAAGUGUGAAAAUUGAUGUUGGAAAAGGCGCAAAAGAAAAGAAUAAAUCCCGCCCGACACGUGUUGACUUCCGCGAUCGGAGGAGCAUUAGUGUUGGCAAUGGCGUAGUUGCCCACUUGGUGGUGGUGGUGUUGGUGUCGGCGACCAAAGGCAAAUUUAUUUAUGUUUGACCAGCUUCCCCGAGCAGCUUGGUGGUGGACGGGGGUUAGUAGCAGCGGCCCCGCAAUGGCCGCACGGAACUUGCAGGCGUGUCUCAGCCAGCUAUCGAUAGCGAUUGACAACGACAAAUGGGCAGCAUCGUCCGCGGAACCGGACUGGCACGAGGAAGCGCUCAAAUAUCGUCAGACGCGGUACAGCUCCAGAAGGAUUCGCAAGCGCGUCAUCUUCAAGCAGGGUGAUUGCAAUGUUAUCCAAGGAAACGUUGCCAAACGUCGACGGCGUUACCUACAAGACAUAUUUACCACGCUGGUCGAUAUUCAAUGGAGGUGGACAUUAUUCGUCUUUGCCUGCUCCUUCAUACUGAGUUGGUUGGGCUUCGGUGCAAUUUGGUAUCUGAUAGCCUUGAGCCAUGGGGAUAUUCAGGCAGCAGGAGUAGAUGACAGUCACAAACCUUGCGUUACGUAUAUAUAUGGGUUCACGUCUGCCUUCUUAUUUUCACUCGAAACUCAGCACACAAUAGGAUACGGAAAUCGUUACAUUACGGAGGAGUGUCCGGAAGGAAUAUUCAUUCUUGCCCUGCAGAGCAUCACCGGGGUGUUCAUUCAAGCAUUUAUGGUGGGCAUUGUGUUUGCGAAGCUGUCCCGCCCGAAGAAGCGCGCACAGACGCUCCUGUUCAGCAAGAAUGCCGUCAUCUGCCAUCGGGACGGUGUGCCCUGUUUGCUGUUUCGCGUAGGCGAUAUGCGCAAGAGUCACAUCAUUGAAGCGCACGUAACGGCACAAAUCAUCCGCCGGAGGGUCACCAAAGAGGGCGAAGUACUUCCCUUCUACCAGCAAAACAUGGAGGUCAGCUGCGAUGGGGGUGAUGAUCGGUUGAUGUUUAUUUGGCCGACGAUCGUGGUGCACAAGAUCGAUCGCGAUAGUCCGUUGUAUAAUCUGUCUGCGCAGGAUAUGAUUCGGGAGCGCUUCGAGAUCGUCGUUAUGCUUGAGGGAGUUGUAGAGUCGACCGGUAUGACCACGCAAGCACGCAGCAGUUACCUUCCGUCGGAAAUUCUAUGGGGCCAUCGGUUUGAGUCGGUAGUUUCCUUCAAACGUGAAACGGGUGAAUAUGAAGUUGACUACACAACUUUCAACAACACGUACGAAGUCGAUACUCCGCUUUGUAGCGCCCAUCAGUUGCGCGAGGUGAAAAAAGAACUCAAUAAACAGAACGGGAUUGUUGUGGAGUCUUCCGAUACCGACGAAUCGGAUACCUCGUCGUUGGAUAACGCCUCGUCACGGAAAACUUCACUUAGCAAUGGUUACCUCCGUUUCGCACCCGUCUACGGCAACACAAACGAGCAAACGGGAGUAACGAAUGGGGUAGCCGUCGAUCCAACGAUGAUUCCUCCAACCAUCGUGGUCCCGGGGUCACAAACGGUUUCACCCGGAACCGAGCGCAAAAAGUCACUUCGGAAGCUGUCCAUCAAGGAACCGUCGAUGGAUUCGUUGUGCUAGCAUAUCGGAGUGCGUGCGAUCGUCGUUCAUUUAGAUGCUGCGAAUCUGAUGCCAAAGUUGAAGUGAGCGAUCCGGCGACAACGAAGGACCAGCACAGCACGGCUCGAUCGUUCUAGAAUAGCACACAAAUGCACAUCGUAUAUCGUAUAGAUCGUCCUCAGGAGCGGCGAGUGGUCCGAUGUGAAGUGAUCAGCUGAGUUGUGGAGCAAUAUUUUAAACCUACCAGUAGUCUUCUGCUUGUUGCAUUAGUUCUGUUCCAUUUUUUUAUCAUUCGACGGUCCCGGAAAAGGGGGGCGGUACCAGCGUCGGCGAGAGUUUCUUUAUUAUUUUAUCUUCAACUUAUUUCCAGUGCGUUUUAUCUUAAGUAACUGAACGGCGAAGCGGCAGAGUUGGCGCUAGGGAAUGUUAUAGGAUCAGUCCGGUUUGAGGAUCGUGUACCCUUAGGAUGUUGUGUGCGGUAACUAAUUCCUGGUGCAAUCGAUCGUGAUGAAUGUAAAGUCGUAGUAAUUUUGGCUUUUUGGCAACGCUAGCCUAACUCGUGCCGUAAAUUCUAAUGGAAACGAAUAAAGAGGCAAUCAAGAUCAA